ACGAGGUGAUGUGGCUUACCUUUGGCUCAUUCGCAAGAUUCAACAACUAGGCUUGAAAUUUCAGUAUUGUUGUGUUCAUAAAGCGGAUCGUCAACGUGUUCUUCGUGCUCAUCAAAUUACGGGGGAAGCGGCGGUUAAUUUUAUUUGUUUUAGUAUUACUAAUUAGUCUGUUUGUAUCGUCAAAAAAAAAUAAAAAUAAAUAAUAAGUUAAAAAUUGUACAUAUGACAGCCAAUACAUUUCCACAAGGAAAAGUAAAAAAGGUCAAAUUAAAACGGCAAACUGAAGUUUCCAACAUGAUUACCCUUCCUUUAUUUCUUUUCACAUAAUUUAAGGUGAAAACAACUUUCCUUUCCUUUCCUUUCUUUUAUUCAACACAACAAAUUACACCAACAACAAACUCAAAACCAAUACAUAGUCUCUGUACACAAAGCUAGCAUUCUUCUUCUCUGUUUUGCUCUCUCAUGCAACACCAAAAAUGGGAAACCUCUGCACAUGCCUUUCCUACGAAGACAUAAACAACAAAAAACAAAACCCGAAACGCCAAUACAAUCGAUCAACCUCCGCCCCUGCCACCACCAUCAGCAACAGCAACCGUUGGUCGAGGAUUCGAUCGUCGAGACGAGAGAAUUUUAAGUUUGAUGACCCUGUUCUUCAUCAACAAGCUCUUGCCGCCGCUGCGAUUAUUCUAGAGCAGCAGCGGCAAGAGCAGCGUAAUGGCGAGACGGGUUUACCAUUUGACCGAUCAACCUCUUUAAGAUACCCUGGUACUUCUAAACACAAUAAUAGUAAUAAUAAAAACGGUGGUAUUACUUUGCCCCGUAGUUCUAGUACUCGUGCUCGUUCUCUUACCGAUCCUCUUCUUCAACCUCAUCAGCUUCUUAAUCAGGAUGCAGGACUUGAAGGCUUAGAAACGAAUAAAUUUGUGCUUGUUCAUGGAGGUGGUUUUGGUGCUUGGUGUUGGUAUAAGACCAUUGCGCUACUGGAAGAAUGUGGUUAUAAGGUUACAGCUAUAGACUUGACGGGUUCUGGAAUUCAUUCAUCGGAUAGUAAUGGCAUUACAAGUCUUGCACAAUAUGUGAAGCCACUUACUGACUUUCUCGAGAAACUUGCUGAUGGAGAAAAGGUGAUUUUGGUAGGACAUGAUUUUGGCGGUGCUUGCAUAUCAUAUGCAAUGGAAUUGUUUCCAUCUAAAGUGUCAAAGGCUGUUUUCAUUGCUGCAACAAUGUUGAAUAAUGGCCAAAGUGCUCUUGAUAUCUUCUCACAGCAGGAAGAGGCCAAGGAUCUAAUGAAGCAGGCUCAAGUUUUCCUCUAUGCAAAUGGAAACAAUAAUCCUCCAACUGCUAUUGAUCUUGACAAGUCAUUGCUGAAGGAGUUGCUAUUUAACCAAAGCCCGUCGAAGGAUGUUGCACUGGCAUCUGUGUCAAUGAGGCCAAUACCAUUUGCACCUGUUUUAGAAAAGCUGUGUCUCACAGAUAAGAACUACGGUUCUGUACGACGCUUUUACAUAGAAACUACAGAAGAUAAUGCAAUAGCUAUCGCUUCACAAGAACAAAUGACAAAGGCAGCCCCUCCAGAACAGGUCUUGCGUCUCAAAGGUGCAGACCAUUCACCAUUCUUUUCGAAGCCACAAGCUUUGCACAGACUCUUGGUUGAGGUCUCAAAGGUUCCUUAAGUUUGUAACUACUUUCUGCCUUAUGCUACUUUGAAGUGACAUUUUGAUAAUGCCAUUGCCCUUUUAGCGCAUGAA